CAAUCUUCAAACGUAAUCGCUCACUUAGAAAUUACAUGACCAAAGAUGUCUGCGACCAGGUAUCGUCGGUUCUUGAAGUUGUGCGAGGAAUGGCCCAGAGACGAGACCAAAAAAGGUCGUGAUUUGGGAACGUUUCUUCGGCAGAGAGUCGCUUCUGCGUUCCGUGAGGGCGAAAACACGCAGAUUGCAGAUCCAGAGAAAUGUGACCAGAUGUAUGAAAGUUUGGCUCGCAUCAAUGGCAAUGUGUACAGACAACGAUUUCCUCGUGUGAGAGACACAAGCUUUACUGGAGUAACAGUGGAGGAGUGUAGAGUGCUUUUAUCAGGGAGUAUGCAACAGAGCAUGGACGAGGAAAAAAAGGGUUUGUGGAAAACAUUAAUGGAAAGAUUCUCCUCCAAACCACCAGAAGAAGUUCCAGAAAAAACUCCAGAAAAAUAAUUUUUUCCUCCCCUUUUCUUCUCAUGCUGCUUGUAUAGAAAUAAAAUUGUUACAAAAGCUUAAGAAU